AUGGGAGAGUUUGAAAAUUUGGAAGGUUUGUGUUGGGAAAAUUUUUUUGACCAAGUCGAUAAACAAUUUAAUGGUGAGGAAGAAGGGGAGAGUAAAUGGAAUGGAGGAGGUUCGAAUGAAAUUGUUGCCUUUUCUGGCGUAGCUACAUUGCCACACGAUAAGGCUGUAUGUUAUGGAGUUUGUACUGUUUCUCAAGUUCCGAAGCUGGUGAAAUGCGAGGACUGCUCUUUGGUUGUCAAAAUGGUCGGGUUCGGACACCACCGGAAAUUUCGACACAGAGAAAGUCGUUUAUUGUUGGCACGGCAAUCAGUAAAAGAUACGGAAGAUUCUUCAAAUUCUGAUUCAAAUGAUGACUGUCAAGGCUUCCUUCUGUCACCUCCUCAUCAUCAUUUGUCUGUCCCCUCGACUUCUGAAGUUUCUUCAAUUUUUGAAGGUCAUCAAUGGAGGACAACACAUCCGUUAGAUCCUAGCUCAAAAGCUUCUAGUUCGUCUUUAAAGCAAACAGGACCAAACAAGCAACAACAACAACCUUCAAAAACAAACGAACCUCCUCGAUUGUAUGGGGUUGAAAAAUGGAAUGAUCUCCGUCUUGUUUUGAAGAGAACUCCAGAAAAAGCAGCUUCACAAAACGCAGAGGCAAAUCACCAGCAUAAUUCAAUUAAAAAUGUUGUUGAACGAGAAAAUGUCGAAGAUGUUUCCACCAAAAAAUUGCGAAAACCUCCACCAUCUAGAGCUAUUGGGUCAAAAAGGAAACGGAAGAAAAAGACGAAUAAACGAACAAAAGAAUCAGACGAAGAUGAGGAAGUGGUUAAUGUUGAAGAUGAAUCUCCCCAAUCUGCAGGAAAAGUUUAUCAACCUUCCAAUAAUGAUCUCCAAGAAUGUGAUACUUUUACUGACGAUGCCGAACAUGACGACUCAUUUGUAACAAUUCCAACACAAUUAACCACUCCCUCAAAUGACGAUUCCUUUGUCACCAUUCCAACCCAACUAACACCUUCAACGGCAACAAAUUUUUGGGAUCCAAGAGAGGCUGCUGGACGUCCAGAUGUUGUUAAAGGAACGUUUAAAAAGACUCCAUUAAGCAGUAAAUUAACUUCGUCACAUUCUGCUCCUAUAAGAAAAACAACUUUAAAUUUGUCUGUUAAACAAUUUCAACAGGCAACUUCGUUUACUUCUGCAAAUUUAAUUCAAACAAAUAUGGAAAGUAAUAAGAGAGACACAAAUUUGGAUAAAAUUGCUGGGCCGUCAAUGGGAUAA